UCCGUAUUACACUGGACGCUCAUGGUGUGAAGAAGGUUCGAUAGGCGUCUCAGUGAAAUUCUGUCUAUAAAGUAUUAGUUGGCAGGACAACAAGAUGAGUCGGACAUACAAUGACGAGUUGCAAUAUUUGGAUAAAAUCCAUAAGAACUGCUGGCGAAUCCGGAAAGGAUUUGUUCCAAAUAUGCAGGUAGAAGGAGUCUUCUACGUCAACGAUCCUCUUGAAAAACUGAUGUUUGAGGAACUACGAAAUGCUUGUCGUGGCGGAGGAUUUGGAGGAUUUCUACCAGCCAUGAAGCAGAUUGGAAAUGUCGCAGCCCUCCCCGGAAUAGUGCACAAAUCCAUUGGGCUGCCAGAUGUCCACUCUGGAUACGGGUUCGCGAUAGGAAAUAUGGCCGCCUUCGACAUGACUGAUCCCACAGCUGUGGUUUCUCCAGGGGGGGUGGGGUUCGACAUUAACUGCGGGGUGCGGCUGCUGCGGACCAACCUGGAUGAGGGCGACGUGCAGCCGGUGAAGGAGCAGCUGGCCCAGGCGCUGUUCGACCACAUCCCCGUGGGCGUGGGCUCCAAGGGAGUCAUUCCCAUGAGCGCCAAGGAUCUGGAGGAGGCCCUGGAGAUGGGGGUGGACUGGUCUCUGAGGGAGGGCUACGCCUGGGCCGAGGACAAGGAGCACUGUGAGGAGUACGGCAGGAUGCUGCAGGCCGACCCCAACAAGGUGUCCUCCAAAGCCAAGAAGAGAGGCCUGCCCCAGCUGGGUACUCUGGGAGCUGGGAACCACUACUGCGAGAUCCAGGUGGUGGAUGAGAUCUUCAACGACUAUGCCGCCAAGAAGAUGGGCAUCGACCACAAGGGCCAGGUGUGCGUGAUGAUCCACAGCGGGAGCCGGGGGCUGGGCCACCAGGUGGCUACAGACGCUCUGGUUGCCAUGGAGAAGGCGAUGAAGAGGGAUAAGAUUGUGGUGAACGACAGGCAGCUGGCAUGUGCGCGGAUCACGUCAGACGAGGGCCAGGACUACCUGAAGGGCAUGGCUGCGGCCGGGAACUACGCCUGGGUCAACCGCUCGUCCAUGACCUUCCUCACGCGCCAGGCCUUCUCCAAGGUGUUCAGCACCACGCCCGAUGACCUGGACAUGCACGUGAUCUACGACGUGUCGCACAACAUCGCCAAGGUGGAGGAGCACAUGGUGGAUGGGAAGCAGAGGACCCUGCUGGUGCACCGCAAGGGCUCCACCCGCGCCUUCCCCCCCCACCACCCGCUCAUCGCCGUCGACUACCAGCUGACCGGACAGCCCGUCCUGAUUGGAGGCACCAUGGGAACGUGCAGCUACGUGCUGACGGGCACGGAGCAGGGCAUGACGGAGACCUUCGGGACCACCUGCCACGGGGCGGGUCGCGCCCUGUCCCGCGCCAAGUCCCGCAGGAACCUGGACUUCCAGGACGUGCUGGACAAGCUGGCGGACCAGGGCAUCGCCAUUCGCGUGGCCUCGCCCAAACUGGUCAUGGAGGAGGCCCCGGAGUCGUAUAAGAACGUGACGGACGUGGUGAACACCUGCCACGACGCCGGCAUCAGUAAGAAGGCCAUCAAACUGCGGCCCAUCGCCGUGAUCAAGGGCUGAGCCCCCCCGCCCCCGGGACCGUUACCCAGGAGCCCCUGCACACGCACCGCCACAGGAAGUGACUCCAGCACGCUGCAGAGACGGGGACUGAAUGAGCUCGAUGUUCCACGCACAGCGUGGGAACUCUGCAGAUCAGCCUUUAUUUUCCUUUAGACGGUUUUUAGUUUCGUGGCUGAAGCCUUUUGGGGAUUAUUUUCCUUGUGCGCCUCGAGUUGAGGAAUGAAAGCAGCUGGUUAGACCAGCGUCAAUAAAAGCACUAAACAAA